UUGGACAUUGGACUGAGGGCGCGCAGUACUUAUUUUAGAGUUACAUACUGCUCAGGUUGAGUUUGCAUGGAGGCAGCUGAAGACAAGCCCAAAAAGUCUAACAGGCCGAAAGACACAGCAUUUCAUCAACAACGCCUGAAGUCCUGGAGACCAAUUCUAACUGCCAGAAAUACCUUUCCUAUAUUUCUCAUACUCGGGGUUCUAUGUGUUCCAGUAGGAAUAGUUCUUCUUAUAUACUCAAAUAGUGUCCUCGAAGUAGUUGUAGAAUACACUCACUGUGAAGAUACCGCCAGACGUACUAAGUGUUCGGAGCAAGUCAGGCUUCCAGAGUUCUAUCAGUCAUACAAUGUGUGUUCUUGCAAAGUUGAUUUCGAACUAAAGGAAGACUUCAAGGGUCAAGUCUAUUUCUACUAUGGUCUAUCAAAUUUUUUUCAAAAUCAUCGCCGAUAUGUGAUUUCAAAAGAUGAUAAUCAGUUACACGGUUUAGUGGAUGUUCCAAAACAAAGUUGUGAACCGUAUCGUUAUGACUCCAAUGGAAAAAUUUAUGCUCCAUGUGGAGCUAUCGCGAUGAGUCUUUUCAAUGACUCUUUCACUUUGAAAUAUCGUGGAAAAGGUCCUAAUCUUCUUGCACAGCCUUUAGAAGUUCCAAUGACCAAUAAAGGAAUAGCUUGGCGUACGGAUGUUGAAAGAAAAUUCGGUAAACCACCAGCUGACUCAUGGAAUAAGACAGUGAAACCUGCAAGUUGGAAAAAAAGUGCUCUUGAACGUUCACCUGGUGCAUAUAGUGAGGAUGAAGAGUUAUUGGUAUGGAUGCGUGUUGCCGCCUUACCAACUUUUCGUAAAUUACAUCGUCUAGUGAAUCAUGUUGGAAUUUUUAACGAUGGUUUACCAGCUGGAAUGUAUACCGUUGAUAUUGAUUACUCUUAUCCAGUUACCCAAUUCGGUGGGACAAAACGAAUCAUAUUGUCUACAAUGAGUUGGUUAGGUGGCAAAAAUCCAACUUUAGGCAUAGCCUAUAUCGUUGUUGGCAGUAUAAGCUUAAUAUUAGGUCUGAUAUUUCUUAUCCUUCAUUUUUACACGAAAAGAAAAAUUCUAUAGUCGCCUCUAUAUAUUCAUUCAUAGAAAUUGUGGUCCGAUGUCUUUCACUGUGAUGAAUUAUAUGAUCAAUAUUUGUUGUUGUUUUUCCUAGAAAAACUUCUUUUUAAUUGACCUUGGUAAAUGAUACUUCUACUGUUUUUAUACAAAAACAAAUUUUUACACAGCGGUUCGCUAUGUACACAGAUGCACACACAUCCACGCCUACAAAAAAGCACACUGUAUGGCACACACGCACACAUAUCCACACUAGAGUUAUUUUUACUUUAAAAAUAUGUGAUAUAUUUUAAAACCAAUAAAAAAAUUUCUACUUUAA